AUGUUCACUUUCGUUGUUUCUUUUUUAUUUCUGGAUAUAUGUGUAUAUUCCGCUGACUGUUUUCAAAAGUCUGGCAAUUGUUUAAGUGGCCCCGGUUUUUGUAGUGGUGCAAUUACAGUUAAUGGAGUAACAUGUGUGACAAACAAUGCCUUUGUGGGAAACCAAGCGGUUACUUCUAUUCAUUUUACAGGAAACAGUUUAGUCUCAAUAGGAGAUAACGCUUUCCAACAAAGUGGAAUAACAACAAUUGUUUCGGACUCGGGCUUCUCAACAAUUGGAAGUUUUGCAUUUCAAUUUAGUGCAUUGACUUCCUUUGACUUCAAAGGUGUAACUUCAAUUGGUAAUAACGCCUUUCAUUUUUGUGCCGGUUUAAUACAUGCAACAAAUUCGGGCAAUAGUGAAACGCUCAAAUCAAUUGGAAAUUUUGCUUUUAAUGCAGUUGGGUUGGAUACUUUUCCAUUUCCAAAUACAAUGGAUUCGGUCGGCAAUUUUGCAUUUCAGUCAUCACUUGUAACCCAUAUAAAAACUCCGAAAAAAAUAACAAACGUUGGAACUAUGAUAUUUGAUGGGUGCUACAAACUGACUUCUGUUGAUUUAAAUGGACUCAAUCAUUUAGCUGCAAACAUGUUUAGUGGUUGUCAUCAGUUGAAAACAUUGAUCGGAUUUGAAGGAGUAGAAACUAUUGAUGCUAAAGCUUUAUAUGAUGACACUAUACCUUCUAUUCAUCUCUAUCCUUCUUUAAAAACAUUGAACGAUGAUUUGUCGUCUUUUAGUUAUAUUUUUUACCACGGAGAGACAGCUCCAAGUCAAAUAACUUCAACUCUUAAAACAUCACUCAAAAUAUACGUUAAAGAUACUUACUCUGGAAAUAUGUUUGGAAGAGUAAAUGCUUUAAAAGCUAAAUGCGAUUCAAGUCAUUUCAUUAAUACAGCCGUAACUGUUGAUACAAUUGUUAAUGGAGCGGACUGCAAAUCGUGUCCAAAUGGCAAAUCUAGUAAAGAUGGUGUGACUGACGUAUGUGAUCAAGAGGGAGGAAGUGCGCCUAUAGACCCUCCUACACCAACUUGUAAAGUAAGCAAUUGUCAAACGUGUGUGACUGGGUCAACAACACAAUGCCAAACAUGUAAAAAUCCAAAUAAACUUUCUGUUGAUAAAAUGCAGUGCUUAACUAAUUGCCCAACCGGACAAGCAACAAAUGGAAAUAAUUGUGUUGCUUGUGCGGUCCAAAAUUGUGGAACGUGUAAUGCUAAUUCAUUGACGACUUGUAAUACUUGUAAAACUGGAUUUAAAUUAUCUUCAAAUAAAACGUCUUGUAACACCAAUUGCCCAGCAGGAGAAAUUGCAAACAAUAAUAAUUUAUGUGUAAAAUGUAGUGUGACAAAUUGUUUAAAUUGUGAAAUUGCCACUGCCACUACCCAGUGUUCAAAAUGUACUGGAAAUAAUAAGUUAUCACCAGAUAAAACAAAAUGUACAUCUUCUUGCCAAGAGGGGCAAUAUGAAAGUACUGCCAAUGUUUGUUCAAAGUGUUCAGUGACUAAUUGUGCAACGUGUCCAUCUAACAUUUGCAGUAAAUGCACAGGAACAAAUAAACUAUCUGCUGAUAAAUCACAAUGUGGAACAAAAUGUCCCAAUGGUCAAAAGACUGGUACUAACAACGUUUGCGUUUCUUGUUCAGUCAGUGGUUGUGAUGUAUGUGAUACCGAUGUAGCCAAAUGUGAUAAAUGUGCUUCCAAUCAAGUCAUACAAUCAGAUAAGAAAAAAUGCCUCAACAAAUGUCCAAAUGGCGAAUAUCCAAAUGGAACAAACAAAGUGUGCACAAAAUGUUCGAUUCCAAAUUGUAAUGUAUGUUUAACAAACAAUGUAUGCACACAAUGUGUUGCACCUUUUACGCUUAAUGACCAAAAACAAUGUGUAGCUCCACAAAGUACUUGUGGAGAUGGGAAACUUGGAACUCCUCCAAAUUGUCAAAUGUGUGGUGUUGAAAAUUGUAAAACGUGUUUGAACAAAGAGACUUGUGAAGUUUGUAUUAACAAUUUGUUUGUUGGAAACACAAAGAAAACGUGUGUAUCGAAAUGUGAAAAUGGAGAGUAUCCAAAUAACAAAAUUUGUAUUAAAUGUUCUGAGAAUAAAUGCAAUUCUUGUGGUAAUAACGACGUUUGCACAUCUUGUGAAGCUCCUUACACCAUUGAUAAAAAUAGUCACAAGUGUAUUGCACCUGAAUGUGGUGCAGGUACUUUCGGAGUAUAUCCCAAUUGUCAAAAAUGUACCGUAAAUAAUUGUGAAAAAUGUUCUAAUUCGUACACAUGCGAUGUAUGUUCUGGACAAAUGAUUCUCCAAAGUGACUCAAAGAAGUGUCUUGAAACUUGUCCAGAUGGUACUUAUCUCAAAAACAAAACGUGUCAAAUGUGUUCAACUCCAGACUGCUUAACAUGUGGUACUGGAGAUGUUUGUAACAAAUGUAGAGAUAAUUUUGAAUUGAAUUCUCAAACCAAAAAGUGUACAAGUCAGACAGGAGAAUGCUCUGAAGGUACUUUUGGAACACCCGGAAAUUGCCAGAAAUGUACUAUUGAUAAUUGCAAAAGUUGUAAAGACGGUGAAACAUGUGACAAAUGUCACGACAAUUUCUAUUUGGAACUUGACAAGAAGAAAUGUUCUUCUGUAUGUCCUGAAUAUUUCUUUAAUUUUGAAGGAAAAUGUGAUAAAUGUGUAGAAAAAUGUAAAGUUUGUGGUAAUAGAAAUAGUUGUGAACAGUGUGAAAGUGGCUUUGAAAUAUUUUCAAUUGAUGGAUGCACAGACAAAUGUAAAAAUGGUUUUUAUAAGAAUGGAAGCACAUGUGAAAAAUGUAAAGAACAUUAUGUUACACCCUGUUUUGACACAGAAUGUAUGACUUGCACCAUAGACAAUAAAGCCAAUAAACUUUACAAUUUAGCAGCAUUAUUACUAAUGUUAUUAGUCUUGAUUUAA